AUGGUCAAGAAGCGACGAGCGGGCAAGGCCAGGGACGGCACGAGCAGUAAGACCAAGCUCGAUGUACAGGAUCUCUCGGGCAACCAAAAACAGCUCGCGCUCGACACGCUCACGCAGCAGACGAACCUCGACUUGGUCGCGCGCGUCGACGAGCUCAAGCGUGAGCUCCACACCGUCACGCUUCGCGCCAAACGCGACGUGGCGGACAAGGACCUCGUCAUCUCAGACCUCCAGCUCACGAUUGACAAGCUUGAAAACUACAUUUCGAAUCUGCUCACCGCCCAAGACGAUCGUGGCGACGACGCGGCGAAUCCGCUGCAGCAAAAGUACGUCUGGAUGGCGUCCGAAGCGGCGAAAGCGUCGGCCGCGCUGAGCCAAAAAACGCGCGAAGUCGACCGCCUCACGCGCCGCCAUGAGGCGUAUGAAGCCCAGAUCGGUCAGCUCCUAACGCGCGAGCAUCCAAUGCCACUGACGAUUCCAGACCUCGAGCGACAGCACGAGCAGGUGCGCGAUGGCGGCGACUAUGGCGCAUGGAGGAUCAUGGUGCCACUCCUUCUCCAGCUCGUGACGAAUGCGACACCGCUGUCGCCGCUGCACACGCAAGCCCUCGACCAGCUCCACCACGCCCUCAAAGACUCGAAACAAGUUCCAUUGUUUCUGAGCGCCAAGGGUCUGGACUGCGUCUGCGCCGCAGUGACCAACGCGCACCACAGUGACCGCACGCUUUUGCUCGCCGUCAAGAUUCUGUGGCGCACGAGCUUUUAUACACCGGCGAUCGCGUCGCUUCGAGACGCCAGCGUUUUCAGAGCGCUCCUGCACGCGAUCAAGAGCGUUCCGAUUGCGAGCUCGACGCAGCUGUUUGGUUUGACCAAUCAGCUCUUCCGCGCGACGCUGCCAUCGCCGCCGCACUGCACCCCAAGCGCACUCGGUCGAAAAGCAUCGCGCCUUGAAGCCGUGUACCUCGACAGCCUCGGGUUGUUGCGCCAUGUCGUGCUACCUCAUAUUGCCGCCGAAACACCGCAUUUGGUGUCCAUGACGUUGCAAGCCAUGUACAAAUUGCUGCAACUCACACCGCUGUGCGUCCUGGCGCUCGCCGAGACACCCGACUUUGGUGCGUCGAUGCUAACCUCCUACUUGACAGCCCCCGAGACCCAGCUUGUCGUGCUGCGUAUCCUUCACCUCUACGUCCUGCAACACGGCGUGCAAGCCAUCCCCGAGGCAGCCAAAACCAACGUCGAUGCCACCUACCACGCGCUGGCCCACGACAGUUCGCUGGACAAGGGCGCCCACGCCGAGGUGCUCAGUCUCCUCGACACGUGGCGGGCGUACGCCUACGCCCCCUUUAAAGACGCCGAGACGCCAAUCCUCGACCACCUGCCCAUCUUACACACCACCGCGUCGAUAGCUCCGCGGAUUCGCGACAAAGAUGCAUUGAGCUGCACCGAAUUUCCCGUCGCGACCCGCCUCAUCUCGCUUUCCGCCAGUCUCCCCGCCUUGUAA